AUGAGUGACUGCUGCUGCUCCCCUUGCUGCCAGCCCACHGGCUGCAGGACCACCUGCUGCAGGACCACCUGCUGGAAACCAGCCUGUGUGACCUGCUCCUGCACACCCUGCUGCCAGCCCAGCUGCUGUGGCUCCAGCUGUGGCUCCAGCUGCUGCCAGCCCUGCUGCCAAACCACCUGCUGCAGGACCACCUUCAAGCCCACCUGUGUGACCAGCUGCUGCCGCACACCCUGCUGCCAGCCCUGCUGCUGUGUGUCCAGGUGUUGCCAGCCUUGCUGCCAGCCUAGCUGCUGUGAGUCUAGUGGCUGUGRGUCCAGCUGCUGCCAGCCCAGCUGCUGUGGGUCUAGCGGCUGUGGGUCCAACUCCUGCUGUGGGUCCAGUGGCUGUGGGUCCAGCUGCUGCCAGCCAGUUUGCUCUGGACCYGUGUACUGCACAAGGAGAUGCUACCACCCCACCUGUGUCUGCCUGCCUGGUUGCCUAGGCCAGGACUAUGGAUCCAGCUGCUGCCAGUCUUGCAGUUGUUGA